AUGGGAGCGGUCCUCCUACAAGCGGACACGACAGAAGAAGCAGAGGAAUCAAUGAGGAAAGAGAUCGAAGGAGGAAAAUGCGAGUUCGACAAAUCCAUGUCAAAACUCAGACUCAGACCCAUAGCAUUCAUAUCGAGAAUAUGCAAGGGCAAAGAGCGCGACUACCAUCCCUUUGUAGGAGAAGCAGCAACAGGCCGAUGGGCGAUGAAGAAGUUCCGACAAUGGCUCAUCGGAAAGGAAUUCACGUGGAUCACGGACUGCAGCGGACUAACCAAGUUCUUUGAAGGCGAAUACGACAUCACACACACACUGCAACGAUGGAAACUAGAGCUAUUGGCAUUCGUCUUCACCAUAGUUCACCAACCAGCAAAGAUGCUCACGGAAUGCGACCUCUUGUCAAGAUACGAGGGCAUACUAAGCACGUGGAGGAAUACGGAAGAAGCCCACACAGACAACCCGAUCAUUGCGGCGGCAUGGAAACUCAGAGAAGACGAAGCACCGCCAUGGCCCAGACAGCAUCUACUACCCACUGUGAAAGGCGACCGGAUUACAACACGAACAGAACUAGCGCAAAUAUGCGACACAGCAAGAGCAACAUGGAUCAUCGGACGAUCCCUAGACACCAUUGUGGACAGCUUCGAACUACUUGGAGGAACCAUCAUGCUAACAGCCAGCACCAGCGAGGAGGAAUAUUGGCAGCUACAACACGACAUACCAAACAUUGAAACGUUUGCCAAAAGGCUGGUCAACAACACAGCACAACUGCCAGUAGAAUGGUUCAUUGUAACCAACAUGGAAAAAUACAACUCAACAACCUCGGAGGCCCUUCGCACCAUCAUCAGAAAAGCAACGACACAGGGAGCAACACAAUGCAUACUCAUGUGGACAGGAAAGCCACCCGGCAAGAUCAUCGACGAAUGGGAACAAUACAUCAAAAGAGAAACCAGAGACAGAACCGACCUACAAACCGCGACACGCACAGCCAGAGGCAGCACAGCACAAGCAGACAUAGACACCGAACACACCAUCAUACUCACAGCCGGGAGAAGAGUGACGGAGGCAUGGAGCAGAAGUUUAGUCGAUGAAGAUCCAUACGCACAGCCAGGAACAAUCGAAAACGCUAUGGACGCACCAAACAAAAGCUACACGGGAUAUUUCAACGUGGCAAGGCUAGGACAAAACAGAGUCCACACGGUCAACUCACAAGGACACACACAAGAACAUGAGAUCUACGAUACCACCAAAAUCUCCCCCAGCUUCCACACAACACCCAUGAUCUCAGCGCAAGGCACGAUAGCAAUCGCAACCAACGACGCAGAGGUAACAUCACCGGUCCAAACGAUCAGACCGUGGGAAGCCCUCAGCCUGUUUGGUUUCACAAAAGAGGACAGCAGAAAACUGUUGUUUGAGGAGAAACUCAGUUGGAGAGAGACAAAAGAGACGAUGAAGAGCAUGGCACCGCAACAGGUGUGGCAGCAAGUGUUACUUACAGCAUGUGCAAAAACAUCCAGCGACAACACCUAUCGGACAAAGCAGAACACAAAUUCUUGA